CCUCCAAGUCUCCGUACACGCGAAGGAAGUCGUAUCUCUGUUGCUAGGACAACAUCGGUCAGCUUCGCUAGAACAAUGUGCUCUCCGAAGUAAAUAUAUGGUUUCAUUAAAUUAAAUAAACCUCCCGAUAACUGAAAACCCUGGUCAUUAAAAUUGGGAAUGCAGAGACGAUGCAAUGGCUGUUCCUGUGUGGCCUCUUUCCCUCCCGCUGCCUGCCAUCAUCAUGAUCUCUGUGGGGCUCUACAUGAUUUUCCUUGCGGUGGUGCUGUGGUUUCAUCACUGUCUCAAGGCCAAGUGUGAUCCUCAGUGUUCAGACUGCUGCGCAGGUUUCUCUCCUUGCGAGUACUGUUUAGUGUGUGCCCAGUCAUGUGACUGCCGUGCACCAUCUUUGCGAUCCUGUCUGGACUAUUCCUGCCCUUCCCCUAAUUGUGCGAUGUGGGACUGUGCCUGUACCUGUCAGCCUCCAGAGUGUGACUCCAUCAACUGCUUCUGCUUUGAAAUCAAGUUUAAGUAGAUGACAAAGAUCCUCCUCAUUUUAAAAGAUGCCUUAGAAGCUCCAAGUGACACUUCCGUAUGUCUUAAGCUCGAGAGAAAUGGUGAUUCAGUCUUCGGCUGUUCUGUAAAGUUUGCAUAAUUUCUGAAACAUUACCGCAUCCUUCCUAUUGAUAAUCAUUGAUUUAACUAAAAUGAAGAUUAAGAUAUGCAUCUAUUGGGAAUAUACAGUGCAUUGUUUAAUUGAAUCAUUUAUGACUAUUUUUCUUAUGCUUA